CUUAAAAGCCGCCUGAUCACGGAGAAACGACAUCGCACCAGAAAGAUAGAAAGAAGCGAAGGUCACACUGUUGGACAGUGCAAUAGCGUUUCCUUCCCGACUUUCUAAAGGGGGAUUUUUUUAGUUUUUUCCUCCUACUCAACGGCCCGGGGCUCAGGACCUGCGGUCUUCCGUUAUUCUUUGGUCUUGGUUAACGGUCAUUGUAGCUCUGCUGACACAGACACAUACCUACAGCCCGCUCCGUCAAUUUCACUCUCUAUACGGGCACUUUUUUCCGCAUUUUAAAGGAAGGUAAACAACGGAAACACAGCGGGAGAAAAUGCCUUUAUCAAUUAACGGCGUUCUCUGCACUCUGACGUUGCUGAUUCUGUGGCAGGCAGAGGAACUCGUUGAAGCGUGCAGCUGUGCCCCUGUCCACCCGCAACAGGCGUUCUGUAACACGGACGUAGGUGAGUAUAGAUAGACCGGCAACAGGCUACGCCCUCACGUGCACCUUCUGAUUGUUGUUGUUUCUCUACUACAGCCUCUGUCAAGAGGUCUGGUCCUUUAUGGCAGGUGGUAGUGUGCUUGCCAGCUCUGUCUGUUAUCCCAUAGUCGCUACACUGGUGGCAGCAGUGGGAUAGUUGGUCACUAAUGCAGUCUCUCAGGCUUUGGCCUAUAGAUAUGCUGGAAGUGUGUCAGUUUGUGCGUUCACAUUGUAGUUUGUGCGUUCACAUUGUAGUUUGUGCCAUUUGGGAAACAACCAAAAUGUAUUAUUUUGCACACUGGCUGUUUCCUGUUGAAUGAUGAUACAACAGGAAAUGUAUAAUGGUGGUGAUUGGCUCACGUGAUGAUUAGUAACUUUGCCUGAGAUCUGAAGGCUUGUGUCUCCACCUGACUAUGCUGCAGCCAUGUACAGUAGGACUGUGUAGGACAGGAACAGAGGUGACACACACACAGUUCCCUAUGAGUUUACGGUGCUUUAGCGUCUGCUGUGGGGCUAGGAGUGCCGCCUGGCUUGUGGACGUGGCACAGCGAAGAGAAUGAAGGAGAGGAAGACAUAAAGAGAGAGAGAGCAGGGGAGACUAAGAUGGAAUAAGCAGGGUAGUAUAAAUUAUGCUCGAAUCUCUCUCUCCCUCUUCCCCCCCUUCCUGAGGGGUGUAGCUGUGAGGAAUGACAGGAAUGUUUCUGGGGUUUUCCUGCUCUGCACAGACCUAAUGCAGCAGGAUAGCGACACACCUCACUGGGUGAACACGCAAGACUGCACAGACGUACACAGCACUGCGAUGUAUAGCCUUCUCUCACAGACACGCGAAUGCGUCCAUCUGGCAGCGUAUGACAUCUGGCUGUCAGUUCUGGGUACUCAAAAGGAAAAUGCUAUAAAAGUCAAGGACCUCUCACAAAUAUGCAUGAUAUCCAUGAGAAUGGGGUACAUACACACACACACACAGUUGACUUACAGGGUGGGAUCUUCUGACUUUGUCAACAGUGUUCAGAACUCAUCCGAGUCCUGGUCAUUCUGACUAGUGACUAUGCAUACAUACACAAGUACCUCUUGGUGUAGCAGUCCCACUAAGCUCAUCAACAUAAGUUAGACUUUUCAGAGAGGGGCCAAGAAUAUGCUUAAGCUAAGCUCCCAUCCAUACUCUGUGGAAAUAAGAUGAGAAGAUGACUGUGUGGGUGUAUGGAUCUACAAAGACAGUAGACAGCACGGUCUGUAUCCUCUGUAGCCCAGAGACACUAACAGCUACGUGAUCAACAUUUACCCUAGUGUGUAACGACUGCCCUCUCUCAUUGAAACCAUGGAAGUUCAAGGCCGACCGCGGUACUGCAGGCAUUGUUUGCAGAAGACCGGAUCCCCCCAUUAUAGUGAAGGGGGGGAAAAGGCCAAUCUUCAUGUAAAUAAAUACACAUUUAGAAGACUGUGAUGCUACCAAUAAUUACUUAUAUUACACUAGAUGUAUGUCCUUGGUAUUUUAAAAUACCACACAGAAGAAGUUAUAAGGAUAAUUAAUAGUAGCUAAUGGAAGCCUGCAGUACCCUGGUCGGCCUUCAACUUGAAAUAUAGGCAAUGAGAGGAGGCAGCACUGAGCUAGCCUGCACUGUCUCUUCCUGGAGUAGCUCAAACUGCGCAUGUUAUGUCUACAAAAACAUCCCACAUGAGUCGUCAUCUUAACUGACUUCCUGGGCUUCAAAUGCGCUAUUGAGUCUUCACAUAGGAAUGAAUGGUGUCACUUGAUCGAUGGCUUUGUCCAUUCAUUUAUACAGUCAUUGGUCUACUCCCAUAGACCACACACACACACACACCCCUUCUUCCACGUAUAGCUUGUAGCCAUUUAAGACGUGGGACUUCCCAGCCUGCUCCAGGCCAGCCAGAGUGUCCCGAGGCUUGGAAGAGUGAGGCCAGGUCACCCCCUAGAACCACCACACUGAUGGCGAGUGGUUGAGUGUGGUGGUUAACGGAGGGUAUAAGUCAUUCUGCAUAGCUAUGGUUGGGUUGAGGUGUGUGUGUUAACCUCGCUCUGUCCCUCUAAGAGUUUCUGCUCUCCUCUCAACAUGGGCGAUCAUAUGACCUAGUCAAGAAGUAGCAGGGGGGAAAUGGUGCCUAUUUAGAGAAAAAACAUAAUUCCUGCAAAUUCAGGAAAAGCCAUUAAACAGGCAGCAGUCUCAAAUCACGGAAUCACUGUUUCCCUGAGCUGAGCGUUCUGUCUACCCUGUUCUAUUCCCAGAGUCCUUAGUGCUCAUUAGCCUCUGGGUCAGGAAACGAGAGAAGGGAAAAACUCCACGGAAUGCAGGAGACCGAUCCAGCCAGGUAUACCGCUGGCGCUCGGUGUGUGUGUUUGCAUCAGCCACAGUGAGCUCCCUCUGUAUGAACUUGGGAAGUGGUUACAUGUGCAGAAAAGCAUGCGACCUGGACCAGGGAGGGGGAGAGAUGAGGGAGGGAGUCAGACGUUAACUCAGCAGUAAACCCCUCCGUGUCUGCGUCUGUUCCAAGCCAUAAAGGGAACCCGAGGGGACAGAGCAAUGGUAGUAACCCCUGUGGAGUGUGUACGUGUUUUUUUUCUUUUUUUUCUCUGGUGAUUUGAUGUUCUUGCGUAUUGCUCAUAUUUUCCAUUCUCUCCCCAUAGCUAAAGCACAGACACACACAGGAACUACAGUUUAUACUAGAUCUAUACUUUCUUCAGUGUCUCUACAUUUAGUCUGUCUCUCUCACUCCCUAUCUCUGUCCCGGUGUGUCUCUCUCUGUCCCGGUGUGUCUCUGUCUCUCUCACUCCCUAUCUCUGUCCCGGUGUGUCUCUCUCUGUCUCUCUCUCCCUAUCUCUGUCCCGGUGUGUCUCUCUCUGUCCCUGUCUCUCUCUGUCCCGGUGUGUCUCUCUCUGUCCCGGUGUGUCUCUCUCUGUCCCGGUGUGUCUCUCUCUGUCCCGGUGUGUCUCUCUCAAUAAUGUGCCUAAAUCACUCCCUUGUUUCUGUCAGUGAGGGCACACAUCUCUCCCUGUCCAUAUGUGCUAUCAAAUCGUGAUCGUAGCCAUGAAAAUCUGGAAUGUUACUGGCAGCUAGUUCACAUCCUGAAAGUCAAAACAACAAAGGCUGUUUUGACUCUGUGUUGUUUGGGUUUAUUACUGUGAUGUAGGAAUGUCAGGCUGCAGUAGAGGCUGUUUAGGCUGCCUGGGCUCCAUCUGCAGGUGGUUAACUAGAUGUACUGGGUCUGUGGUGGGAGAAGGAAUUCAAACAGAAGCUUUGUUUUGGGGAUGUGUGUGUUGAUGUCCGCUGACCCUGUCUCCCUGCAGUGAUCCGAGCGAAGGUGGUGGGGGAGAAGGAGGUGGAUACUGGGAAUGAUAUCUAUGGGAACCCCAUCACCAGCAUACAGUAUGAUGUCAAACAGAUCAAGGUGAGAAUAUAUCCAUGACCUCAAACCCUUCACCUGUGGUUGUGUUAGAUAUGAGACCUGUGUUUAUCUAACCCCUGACCUGUUGUUGAGUUGUAGAUGUUUAAGGGUCCUGACCAGGACAUUGAGGCGAUCUUCACUGCUCCGGUCUCUGCUGUGUGUGGCGUUACCUUGGAUACCAGUGGCAAGAAGGAGUACCUGAUCUCAGGUGAGGCUAGACGUCUGUCUGACCCUACCACACACUGAUGGCAUGACGUAGUUCAUCUCCCUCCGCUGUGUGCUAGAAGUAGCCUGAUCCCAGAGCUGUUUGUGCUGCCGUGCCUCCUCUUACGGUUAGUAGUGUUACAAGGAGUUGACAAGACGGCACAAACAGAUCUGGGAUCAGGCUGUGCUAGAAGGGGCUGAGUGAGCACAACUGGAGCAGACAGGAUAGACGUAAAGAGAGACACAGAGGGGCAUUAGAUCAUGCAUGCUCUGGUUUCCCUACUCUCUCUCACAAACACACACACACAGCCUAAUUACAGGGAACACCAGACCAGGAACUUCUGAGGCUAGCGUUUCCUCCGGACCUCGGCAUGGUGAAAACCAUUUACCAAUCUAAAGAAGGGGGAGAAGAGUAAAAUAAACGUUUCUGUCUGAUAGGUCUCACUCCCUGGUUAGUGUUUUAGAACCACAUUUCUGUUGCUGUUUUUAAAGAACCCCUCCUCCCCUCUCUCCUUCUCUCUUCCCCGCCAUAUCUUCUCUCUCUUCCCCCCCCCCCCCCCCGCCAUAUCUUCCCUCUCUUCCCCCCCCCCCCCCCCGCAGGCAAAAUGGAGGCAGGUGGGAAGAUGCAUGUGACCCUGUGUGACUAUAUCACUCCCUGGGAGUCCAUGAGCCCCACUCAGAAGAAGAGUCUGACUCAGCGCUAUCAGAUGGGCUGUGACUGCAAGGUAGGUUGGGAGGUGGUGGGGCGCAGGGCAGGAUGGUGAUGUGGUAGGGGAACCUCUCCUGUGAAAGGUCUUAACCUGUGUCUGUCUAUGUGUGUAGAUUGUGCGCUGCGCCUCCCUGCCCUGUGCCAUCUCUGCUCCAGAGGAGUGUCUGUGGACAGACUUGAUGAUGGAGAAGCAGGUGUACGGUCGCCAAGCCAACCACUACGCCUGCGUCAAGAGGACCGACGGCUCCUGUUCCUGGUACCGCGGUAUGGCUCCGCCCAAGAAGGAGUUCCUGGACAUCGAGGAACCCUAAUCACUUCCUGCCACCACUCCAUUCCAGCUGCCCACUGCACAGCCUGAUAAAAAAAAAAAAAAAAUA